AUGAUCCGACGUCAAACUUAUCGGCGAUGGGAAAAGUUGGAAAAUCGAAAGUCUGUAAAACUAGAUGCAACUAACAGUGAUGUGAUAAAAAUACCUAUACUGGGAGAAGCUGGAUCUGGGAAGACAGAGGUUGCCAGAGCUCUUAGGGGUAUUUAUGGCAAAAAUAUCGGAAGAUUCGACGAUGAAGAACACACUAUGGAUGUAAUACCGUACAAAACUCUUGUUCGUUCAAAUGCGAUCAAAACAAUGAGAUCAUUACUCAGAGAAGUUGAAAUGAGUGGAUUUGUAUAUGCUUGCGAAAACCGAAUCUUAGAAGAAAUCAAAUCCUAUACCCCAGACUUAUGGGAAUCCGAUAUACCUAAUACUAUAUGGGGCGGAUAUAAAAUAGUUUGGAACGAACCUGGCUUUGUAUAUUGUGCCAAACAAAUAGAUAACAUGGACCUUUUCGAAAACGCGGAGUAUUACUUUAACAAUAUUGACCGUUUGCGCGCCAAUACAUAUAUUCCGUCACCAUAUGACGUCAUACUUUGCAGAAAACAAUUAAAUAGUAUUUUAGAAACACCACUGCGAAAGAACCUCUGGCUUCUAGAGGUCGCUCCUAUAGAUAAAAAGAGCAACGUAAAAAGGAUACUCCAGUUUUUCGAAAGAGAUUGUGUGCUGAUAUUUUGUGUUGAUGUAUCAACAUAUGACACAUUUAAGGAAGAUCGAAAGACAAACCGCCUUUUAAGCACCUUUGAACAAUUCAAAUGGAUUGCGAAUCAUGAAUUCACUAAGGGAUUAACAAUAAUGGUUUUAUUCACUAAAAAAGAAACGUUCGAGCGUAAAUUACUCGAUAAAAACCUAAACAUAUGCUUUAAUGAUUACAAUGGGCAAAAUGAUUUUCAAAGCGCGUCUGAAUUUGUGGCUAAAAAAUUUGAAACAGUGUUACAAAAAAAUCACUGUUUUUAUUCUUCUUUUGUAUCGUGUGAUGGAUCUAAUCUUGCAAAAGAUAUGAAGAGGGUGAAAGUAGCGCUUCAUACGUGCUUCGUACAAUUACAUAUAUCUCAGAUGCGUCUUUGA